GGAAUGAAGACAAAGCCCGCGUCCUUUCCUCUACUGCAAAAAAGCAGCAAAGGUCGGAGAAAAGCAAGUGGUCAAUUUUGUCCCCUUACAAGCAAAGGUGGAGAUGAAGGGGAGAGAAAAGGAACGUUGGGGAUGAGAGAUAAGGAAAUUCUAGGGUUUUGGGGAAUUCUUCUAUAAAUAGUUUCUGUUAUGAGGAGGUUUUAGGUACAGAGAGGGGGCAAUCAGAUAGCAAAAAAAAAUGAGGGUGGCAGAAGAGAGCGAAAUCGGAGAAGGUGAUUCCCGGCAGCGUCUGCGGCUAGAUUCUGGCCCAAAGAUGGAAAUAGUUGCUAUACAGGCAACUGUGAAUCUAUGUGGAGUUCUUACAAGAGAUAACUACGAAAGGUGGAAGAUUUUGAUGCAGCACUGUUUAAUAUGUCAAAAUCUUUGGCAUAUUGUUGAAUCUACAAAAGGAAAUAUGAGCGAUGACCGGUGGCUUAGAGAAAAUGCUUUUGUCCUGCUUACCAUUAAGGCUUCAUGCGGAGAAGAAAUUUUUUAUCAGAUAAAGGACGAGAAUUCUGCUAAAGAUGUUUGGGAUACAUUGGAAAAAAUGCAUAAACCUCGAGUUGUCUCUCAGUUGCAAACAGGCACUUUUACCCCACAAACAUUUGGAAAUCUUGUAAAUUCUCAAUAUGAGACAUUAACUAAUGCCAUUUCCAAUGGGGACCUUUCGCUAGUAAAGACGUUCUUUAGAGAAAAUCCGAAUGCAAGAUCUGCAAGAAUAUUUGGAAAUGGGUACACAGCCCUUCAUUUUUCAGUUUAUAAAAGGAAGAAGGAAAUUGUUGAUUACUUAAUCAAUUCCACAUCGGUAGCAGAGUUGAAAAUAAGUGAUAGAUCUGGGAGCACGGCUCUCUCCAUUGCUGCUCGUUUCGGAGUUGGGAAAUCAAUUGCAAAAAAGUUAGUUGGAAGGAACCGUGAGUUGCUUACCAUUGCAGACUCCAAUGGGAAGUUCCCAGUUCAAUUGGCCUGCAGCACAAUUCAUGAGGAUAUGGCACGCUACCUAUAUGUUGAGACUCCACUGCGGUCUCUAGAUAGAGACUCUCGCUUCUACAUCCUCCAAGAUUGCAUAAGUAGGAAAAUGUUUGGUAAGGACUCUUAACACUAAUUAAUUCUUCUUCUCCUUACUAGCUACUUUAUUAUAUAUAGCUAUAUACAUGUAUAUGGAUAUAAUAUUUGUUAUUUUACUUUUUCUAACGAACUUUGAUAUUAGAUAUUGCAUUUGAUCUACUCGGUCGUUGUCGAGAGUUGGCAUUUACCAGUUGUCCUCCGGGUUCCAUUUCACUCAUUUUAACGGUGGCUCAAACAUCAUUUCCAUUUUUUGGAGGAAAUAAUCUUUCAUUUUGGGAACGGUGGAUAUAUGAUUGUCAGUAUUGCUUCUUUUUUCUUCUUAAUUUUUGAAAUUAUAAUUUUCUUAUAAUAUAUUUAAUAAUUAUUUCGCUAAGAAUAAAUUUAAUCUUAGGUUCCUCACACUCUCAAUACCCUAUAUGGGUUUUUUUUUUCUUUUUUUCCUUUCUUAUUUUGUUCUUCUUGAUUGAUAUGGCCUAAUAAAUGCUCUUUAUCGAUUGAAAUUGAAAUUCAAGGCAUAAGAGUGAAGGCAUACUCCAUCAAAGAAGAUCAGCAUCGAUCAUGCGUACAGAAUAUCCGAGACUUUUGUCAGUCAUGUAAAAGGAAAAUCAGAGGCUUCUUUCAGUUAUGUGGAAAGCUGAGUAGGAAGAUAGCCGCCGUCUGCUGGAAACUGAGCACUGCCGCCGCUGCCCCAGUCCCCGCU